CUAAAACACAAAGCAGCUGUGGCACUUUCCGUUGAGGCGUCACACUAUUUUGGCAGGUCGACAGGGAUCCGGGAAAUCAUUUACAUUCGUUUUCUAAAGCAUUAAACACAUACCAAAACAAAAACACGUACAGUCAUGUCUGACUUCAAUGGCGAUCAUUUCCCCGGCCUAACCGCGAAUGAGAGAUUCAACAGGCAGUACCACCGCCUGCUGUUGCGGGCCGUCAUGAAUGUGGACAUCGAGAUAGGCAUACCGAGGGCCACCCAGGACGUCAUUGAUUCUCUACCAUUUCGCACGGUUCGGGAAUCGGAGCUGGUGGGCGUCGACCCGAAGUGCUCCGUGUGCAUGGAGUCCCUCCAGGCUGGUGAGAUAUUGAAGAGCAUGCCGUGCAAGCACGAGUUCCACGAUCAGUGCCUCAUCCGAUGGCUGGAGGAGUCCUACUCGUGUCCCUUGUGUCGCUUCCAGCUGAACGCCCAAGACUUGACCUUUACAAGAGUGACCCAGGGGCACCUGGCAUCGGUCAACCACCCCCUAGUCCACGUCUACGGGCCCUUCCGCCGCAGCGAGACGGGGUCCCUCCGUCGCAGCCUGAACGGGCCCAACAGUCGCAGCCUGAACGGGCCCAACAUUCGCAGCCAGACCGGGUCCAGCCGCCGCAGCCAGGACGGAUCGAGGCACCGCUUUCAGGACGACUCCAACAGCAGUGACCAGGACGACUCCGACAGUAGUGACGAGGAAGAGUCCGGCCGCAGUGACCAGGACGACUCAAACCCCAGUGGCCAGGUCGGCUCUAACCCCAGUGGCCAGGCCGACUCUAACCCCAGUCACCACUCUUACCGCAGUGAUCUGGACAGCUCCAACCGCAGUGACCAGGACGACUCCAGCCGCAUUGACCAGGCCGACUCUAACCUCAAUGACCAGGACCACCCUAACCUCAUUGACCAGGCCGACUCUAACCUCAAUGACCAGGACCACCCUAACCUCAUUGACCAGGCCGACUCUAACCUCAAUGACCAGGACCACCCUAACCUCAUUGACCAGGCCGACUCUAACCUCAAUGACCAGGACCACCCUAACCUCGAUGACCAGGCCGACUCUAACCCCAAUGACCAGGCCGACUCGGACCGCCAAUUUUAUUAGACUGAGUUACAUUCGUUGUCAUUUUGUAUGUGAGAAAUUUCAUGUUGAAUAAUUAUACAGGCAAAUAUGCUA